AAAGGCAUUUCUCCCAGAUUUAUAAAACAAAAAGUCAUCAGAAACCUAAUUUCUAAAGAUUGUACGUGUGCAGAAAUCCACGCUAUAGGAACACCUUGAUUAGAGAACCCGAGAGAAGGGGUGAGAGAGAAGUGUCUCUGACCUGCCUGCCCCACACGCCACACCUACUGCUGAGAGAGGGGUCCUCUGUGCUUUACAAAUUCCAAGUGACGCCAGUUGAUCAGAAUCAACACCUUCUCCUGAUCUCUACUCUAUUAACCAGUGGAGGGUGAUGAGGUUGGUGGGGAGCCUGCAGCUUGCUCUGCUGUUGGCCUUGACCUCCAGGUCAGCAGGCCUUGAUAUCCCUCUGGAAGUGGAGCAGCCUCCAACCAUAAUAACUCACAGAUCUGGUCCCGUUGUUGCUCUUCCUUAUGAUCACACCGUAACUAUCAGGUGUGAAGCGAGGGGCAACCCACCUCCACAAUACAGAUGGACAAAAGAUGGAGAAGAUUUUAUCCCUCCACACGUUACGACAAACAAAACACACCACACAGAUGGCACUUUUGUGCUUCACACCAAGGACCUUGCCCACUUUAAGGGUAGAUACCAAUGCUACGCUUCCAACAAGCUGGGCACUGCCAUGACGGAGGAGAUUGAACUGAUAGUUACCAGUAUCCCCAAGUUUCCCAAGGAGGCAAUUGCCCCCAUUGUGGUUAAGGAGGGAGAGCCAAUCACACUGCACUGUAACCCUCCAGAAGGCGUGGCCCCACGUAAGAUCUACUGGAUGACUAUUGGUCUCCAGCACAUUGAGCAGGAUGAGAGGGUUUCCAUGGGCAUUGACGGCAACCUGUACUUCUCUAAUGCCUUACAGAAAGACAAUCGUCCGGACUACUGUUGCUUUGCCUCCUUCCCCAGAAUACGCACCAUCGUCCAGAAAAACGCCUUGGCUGUCGUUGUUAAGAGCUUGAAACCUGACAAUGAAUCUGCUGACAGCAGUGCCCCAGCUGAAGCCCCCCCAGUGAGAAUGCCUGGCCUGCUGCUGCCCUCUGGUGUUCAGACAGAGAAGGUGCUGUUGAAGGGAGAGAACCUGCAGCUUGAGUGUAUAUCGCAUGGAUAUCCCACUCCGAAGAUAGGAUGGAUGAAAUUGGGAGACAGGCUUCCUCCACGGGCACAGCUGAACAACUUUGGGAAGAUGUUGAGAAUAUCUGCUGUAGAAGAGAGUGAUGGCGGGAAAUACAUGUGUACAGCCAAAAACUCUGCUGGAGAGGCUGUCCAUUACUUUGAUGUAAUAGUAGAAGAGCCGCCAAAGUGGCUGACAGAGCCUCCUCAGAGCCAGCUGACUGUGAUCGGGUCUGAUGUUCACAUCAAGUGCUCGGUCAGUGGAAAGCCACCGCCAGACAUAACAUGGAGGAGGAAUGGAGAAGUUUUCAGAGAUGACCCAUCCAGUGACACACGAGUGCUUGAUGAUACUGUGGUGAUCCAUAACGCCAGGCCAGAGGACAGUGCUGUCUACCAGUGUGAAGCCUCCAACAGUCAUGGCAGUAUUCUGGCCAACAUUAACAUCAUGAUCAUGAAUAUGGCUCCUCAGAUACUGACAAGGGACUAUCAAGAGUAUGCUGUAAUACUGGGAGGGGACAUCAUCAUGGACUGCAGUGUUUUCAGCUCUCCACCACCCUCCAUCAGUUGGACCAAAGAUGGGUUUCCAGAUACCGUCGAGGGGGAACGGGCUUUUGCUCUCCAAAAUGGAUCUUUGCAAAUCUCCAAUGCAGAAAAAAAUGACAGUGGGAAAUAUUCGUGUAUUGCCUAUAACACGGAGGGCUUGUCAGCCGUCAGUGCUGUGCUUCAUGUGAAAGACCCCACGAAAAUAAUAAAUCCACCUCAGGAUGUACAGAUCAUCAGUGGGACCACAGCCCAGUUGAUGUGCCAGGCAGAGUAUGAUAAAAGCCUGCUGGGCACCUUUGAGUUGGUAUGGAGGAAAGAUGGGAAGGAGAUCCCACUUUCCUCUGAGGAAAAUUCCAGAUAUUUUGUGGCCGAUGGUAUGCUGCACAUCAUGAAUGUGAACCUGAGUGAUCAGGGAAUAUACACAUGCAUUGCUAGAACCAGCCUAGAUGAGGACAAUGCUACUGCACUGCUCACCGUACUGGACGUUCCUGAUGCUCCCAAAAAUUUAGAGAUAUCUGAAAUUAAGAGUCCGAGAAAUGUUCGCCUGUCUUGGGUACCAGGGAGUGAUCAUAACAGCUCGGUAACAGAAUUUAUAGUAGAGUACGAGGAGAGCCAAUGGGACCCUGGCAAGUGGAAGGUGCUACAGAAAGUACCCGGUAACCAGGCAACAGCAGAGCUUGCACUACAUGGACACCUACACCACCAGUUCAGAGUGUAUGCUGUUAAUGCCGUUGGACCUGGACCCCCCAGUGAGCCAACUGAGAGAUACAGAACACCCCCUGCUGCCCCUGAUAGGAACCCAGAAAACAUCAAAAUUCAAGGUCAUCAUCCUUAUCAAAUGGACAUUAGCUGGGAGCCACUGUUGCCCACUGAACACAAUGGCCCAGGCCUGGAGUACAAGGUGAGCUACAGGAAACUUGGGGUGGAAAACAACUGGACUGACCAUCUAGUCAGAAGACACCUUUUUGUUGUGAGGAACACAUCUGCUUUUGUCCCCUACGAGAUCAAAAUUCAGAGCAGGAACAGCCACGGCUGGGCACCAGAACCUAAAGUUUUUACUGGUUACUCUGGAGAGGAUGUCCCUACUGCAGCACCACGGAAUGUAGCAGUGGAGGUGAUCAACACCACUGUUCUGAGGGUUAGCUGGACCCCGGUUCCACCUGCCACAGUGAGAGGUCAUCUAGGGGGCUACGAUGUUCAGUGGUUGAGAAAACGAAGUCUGCUGAAUCCCAACAAGAUUUUAGAUGAGCGCCAGUCUCUGUCUUUUCCUGGGAAUAGGAGUCACGCAAUUGUGUCGGGCCUCCAACCUUUCUCCGAGUACAGACUCACUGUCAAUGUUUUCAACAAGAAGGGGAAAGGACCCAACAGUGACCCGGCCACUUUUAACACUACAGAGGGAGUUCCUGAGCAAGUGCCCAUCCUGACUGCCUCCAACGCCCAGAGAGACUCCAUUCUGCUGGUAUGGGGCCCACCAUUGGAGGCAAAUGGCAUCCUCACUGGUUAUCUCCUGCAGUACCACCUCAUUAAUGAGACCACACUGGAGGCGGUUGAUUCCCAGGAGAUAAACAUCACUGGGGCUGACACCACCCAGCGGAAGCUUGAGGGCUUAGAGGAAGGCAGCCUCUACCGCUUCCGCCUCAGUGCGUGCACUCGAGCAGGUUGUGGACCUCCGUUGGCCCAGGAGAGUAGCACCGUUGUUGUUGCGGGCCACAACUGCUCUCACCCCUCUCCCAGCUUUAUCGCAGGCAAUCCAACUCAUCUUCCUUUAGGUGAUGGUAACUGGCGGAUUUCAGAGGCUGUUAACACUUCUCAAAGUUUCCACAUAAUUGACGGGCUCAAACCUGGGGCGGUGUACACCAUACGCCUCUUGGCCAAGAGGCUGUUCGAUAACGCUAGCAUUUUCGAAGAUGUUAUCCAGACUCAAGUCAAAGGCGUGGAAGGUCAGCGGAGCGACUUUUCAACUCAGGGCUGGUUCAUUGGGACCAUGUGUGCUGUGGCGCUGCUCACCCUCGUUGCUCUCAUGGCCUGCUUUGUGCAGAAAAACAAAAGUGGCAAGUAUGCAGGUACGCCGCCGCCGCCGCUCCAGCGACAAGACAUGUUCUCCAUGGAAAAAGUGAAAGAGAAGGAGGACCUCCACCCUGAUGUGGAGUCACAAGGAAUGAAUGAUGACACCUUCUGUGAAUACAGUGACAGCGAUCAGAAGCCACUGAAGGGCAGUAGCUUGUGUUCCCUGGUGGGGGACAGCGUCAGCAGAGACAGCCUGGUUGACUACGCCGACGGUGGAGAAGAAUUCGAUGAGGACGGUUCAUUUAUCGGAGAAUAUUCCGGACCCAAGCACAGAGGCUCUGUUAGUGAGCCCAAUGGACCCAGCUCUGUCACUGCAUAAAGCUAUGCUCCAACUGAAACUGUCUACUUCAAAUCCUUUCAAAAUACUUUUUAAAUUCAUCUUCCAUGGCAUCAAAUAUAGCUUGAAUUGCCAAAUAUAUGGGGGGGGGACUCAAAUGUGCAGAAGUUUUUACAGCAGGCAGAAGAAGGGACUGGAAUGGGAAGAAUAGACCCACCAUACACAUCAGUGUGAAAACCAUGUGAGUGUUUGUACAUAUUUUAAGAGAAUGACCUGUAUCAUUUGAGUUUUUCAUGAUUUUGUUAAUGUUGUUGUUAAUGAUAAUAAAGAUCUUUUUGUACCUA